UUUUCUAAAACACACAUGACCUUCUCUGUCGGUGGGCUUCUUGCUGCCCGUGGGGCCAAAUCCCAGCUUCCACAUGGCACCCCCAUAUCCGUGGACUGCACUCCCUCUCUAAACUCAUCUCUUGACCAAGGCCAGGACUGGCCCUGGCUCAGGAUCCAGUCGAAGAGACUCCUCUCGGGGUUCUUUCCUGACUGCGCUUCCUUCUCUGGCCCCCUGGGCGCCCUGAGCACGCUCACUGACAUCGUUUGGCGGCCUGUCACCCGCGUGGCUGGGGCACCUGCAGGAAGUGCUGUAGCUGAGAGGUGCCCGUGUGGAUCACCGCUGCGUCAGGGAGGGAAGAGGGUGAGGUCGCCCCUGGGAGGCAGAAGGGGAGCCGGGAGCCAGUCCUGGAAGCCAAGGAGUGAGAGUGAAGGGUGUUUCGCUGCGUCAGCGUGGCCCGACCGCCCUUGGGAGGAGGAGCCCAGGGGCCAGCGCGGUGCGGGCCACCCUCGCCUCCCACUAAGGGCGCUGAGCACGCAAGCCCGCCGGCCCCGGCCCAGCCGCCGCCCUCUGCAGGCGCUCCUACUCUCCCGGCUUCUGCAGUCCGAGCGGAAGGGGCGGGAACGCGGGGCGACUGCCGAGGAACGAAGCACAAGCUCGGCUUCCCUGGGCAGCUGGAGGCCUCCUUCCUCUCGACGCAGACGCGCUGCCCAGGAGAGGGCGGGCCCGGCGGGUCGCGGGGCGGGGCCGGGGUCCGAACCCGGGCCCGCCUCCGCCAGCGCUGGUGAACCGCAGAGUGCUAGGCACCGGGCUGUUCUGGGGGCUCCAGGCUACUUGCCCCCCAAAGGCUACGCCCCUUCGCCCCCACCUCCCUACCCUGUGACCACUGGGUACCCAGAGCCGGCGCUACAUCCUGGGCCCGGGCAGGCGCCAGUGCCCGCCCAGGUACCUGCCCCAGCUCCCGGCUUUGCCCUCUUCCCCUCGCCCGGCCCCGUGGCCUCGGGAUCUGCUGCCCCCUUCUUGCCAGUGCCAGGGGUGCCUUCUGGCCUCGAAUUCCUGGUGCAGAUUGAUCAGAUUUUGAUUCAUCAGAAGGCUGAGCGAGUGGAAACGUUCCUAGGCUGGGAGACCUGUAACCGGUAUGAACUGCGCUCUGGGGCCGAGCAGCCCCUGGGUCAGGCAGCCGAAGAGAGCAACUGCUGCGCCCGUCUGUGCUGUGGUGCCCGCCGGCCGCUGCGUGUCCGCCUGGCUGACUCCGGGGACCGUGAGGUGCUGCGUUUGCUACGCCCGCUGCACUGUGGCUGCAGCUGCUGCCCCUGUGGCCUCCAGGAGAUGGAAGUCCAGGCUCCACCAGGCACCACUAUCGGCCACGUGGUACAGACCUGGCAUCCCUUCCUCCCCAAGUUCUCCAUCCAGGAUGCCGAUCGCCAGACAGUCUUACGAGUGGUGGGGCCCUGCUGGACCUGUGGCUGUGGCACAGACACCAACUUUGAGGUGAAGACACGGGAUGAAUCCCGCAGUGUGGGCCGCAUCAGCAAGCAGUGGGGGGGCCUGGUCCGAGAAGCCCUCACGGAUGCAGAUGACUUUGGCCUACAGUUCCCACUGGACUUGGAUGUGAGGGUGAAGGCUGUGCUGCUGGGAGCCACAUUCCUCAUUGACUACAUGUUCUUCGAGAAGCGAGGAGGUGCUGGGCCCUCUGCCAUCACCAGUUAGAGGUCACCAUGGUGUGAGGAGACCAUCGCCUCAGCCAGAACUCCAGAUGGUCACCUGCCCUGGCCCUCAUCUAGGCAGCCCCUUUCCUCGAUGUACACUGCAGGGGACAGAAGGUGGCCCCCAUCCCUACCCUACUCCCUGGCCUCCUGCCCCUGUGGUCCCCAAAGAGGGGCAGCCCUUCUCCUGCUACCUCCCACCAUUGUCCCAGCAGUCCCUCAGCACACAGGUAUAACAGCUGUCAAACUUUCCCUACAUAAUCCCUCCCACCCCCUUUCAGGGCCUCUGCUCCAGAGGCCUCUGGAACCCAGGACUCUCGGGUUUUAUAAGAGGGCUGGGGUGGGGAAAGGCAAACUGCACCAAAGACGGUGGACAUAGCCACCCCCACCCCACAUCUGCUCAGCCAAUUAGUUCAGCCUCAGACCAUGGCACUCGAUGGGGUCUCCACCUCCCCAACAAUAGCUGCAGGGGGACCCCAGUGCCAACUUCUUCUCCCACUAGGGCCCUGCCCUCAGCUGGUGCUUGCUGCGCUUCCUGUGCCUUAUUUAACCGCCCUUCCUUCCCUUGCCCUAGGAAAAAGGCUGCAUCUUUAUAUGUUACAUUCAUAUAAACUUUGUAACUUUUUGGA